AUGGAUUUUACGAAUGUAACAUGCGAGGCUGUUGAGACUCCCGUUACUGUAAUUUGUGCUAUAUACGCUUUUCAUGUUACAGUCUUCUUUAUUCUCACAUAUAGCAUUUUCAAACAUAAAAACUGUUUUCAUCCAUUUUUCAGCAUAUUCUUUGGUUGUUUCAUGCUCAGCUAUGCGGUCUCUGAUUUUUUCACGUUCUUACGGUUAACGUUGUAUCGACUGCACAUAUCGCUAGGCGAAGGAAAUGUGACAGUCUUGAGGCUGUACGAGAUACUCUACAUAUAUGCAUCUCCUUGUGCUGUUGCAAUUCUUAUUGAAAGACUUGUGGCCACUCUCUAUCCAGCACGUUACGAGCACAGUCGUCCAUGGUCACUGAUGAUAGUGGCGCAACUGCUGUGUAUGACUGUUGCAAUUCUUAUCGUAUAUUCUCAAGAAUGGCAUGAGGAAUCAGAUAUCCAAGAGUAUUGUAUGGUCGGAAACCAGGCACUUAUCAUUAUGACGUUGAUCAUCUUACUUCUGGUGAAUCGGGUACGCACGAGACGAGAAAUUGGAAGCGGUCAACUUCGUUAUCGCUAUCAGAUGUCGGAAAAUAUCACUGCUCUGCAAUUAGUCAUACCGGUCAUUGUGCUUGAUGCAAUGUUAACUGUGGUGGAUAUUUUAUGGAAGCUGAUAUUCUCUGUCGACUUACAAUUUGAAGCGAGUCAAUGCGAUGUCAAGCACUAUAUUCUGAAAUUUACUGUGUCAAGACUGAUACGACUGAUGUUUGAAUUUUUCAUUCAAAUUGCGGUAAUUUUGCAACAUCCUGCCAUAAGAAAGAAAGUUUAUUUGAGGUUGCACUGUUGGUCUUCACCUUCUCAAAUGGGCUCGCAAGAGUUUCAUGUGAAGAAUGUCUUAGGAGAAGACAUACACACAAAACAGACUUCAGACGAACACUUCUGUGCGUUGCGGGCAAAUUGGGCUUGAUCUAUUCUUUCAGUAGCAUACUUUGAAUUGUCAUUUUCCUCACCUUAAAGGCAGUGUCCAGGCUAAACCUAAC